AUGUGCCGUCGCGCCGUCGACCUCAGCCAGGGAGGCUUGCUGGAGAUCAAAAUCGAGGGCUUCGGGUGCGAUUUUCUCCUCGCCUACAUCGCCGAUAGUGGACUUUCGUACGAACUCGAUAAACUUCCGUUGCUCGAAGAGCUCGAGAUCUCACACUCAUGGUUCAAACUGAAUUUAAAAGGUAUUGGCCGUUCGUGUCCACGGGUAAAGACAUUGAAGCUAAACUUUUGCACAGGCUACAGGCGCUCUCCCGUAAAAUGGGAUAUUGAUGCAGUAAAAAUCGCUAACAGCAUGCCUCAACUACGUCGCCUCCAGCUUUUUGGGAACCAACUAACAGAAUACGGCUUAAACAUCAUUCUAGACAGUUGUCCUCACCUGGAACACCUCGAUUUACGCAAGUGUUUCAACGUUGAGCUUGUCGGGGAUCUUGAGAAGCGGUGUUUAGAGAGGAUCAAAGAUUUGAGACGUCCCCAUGACUCAACAACCGAUGAUUACCCAUUUUGA